AUGGCCGGAUCCGCGCCGGCCUCGCUCUGGACUCGCAAACUCGACCUGCUGUACUUGGUCUUUUUCGUCAUUCACCUCCCGAUCAUCUUGCUAAUCGACGCGGCUCCUCUCCUGCCGUCGUUCCUCCAAUUUGAUAUCUCGCGACAACUUCGCGAAUUCUACGUAAAUACGUACAAUGACAAGUUCUUCGAGCAGCCGGCGCCCGUGUGGUUCGUCGUGUUUAUUACUAUGGAGAUCUGGUAUCAUGCUCCGUUGAGUGUUUGGGCUAUUGGUGCUUUGUUGCGAGAUGACCCCAUGGUCCCCGUUCACCUGCUAGUCUUUGGCGUCCAGUCGUUCGUCACCUCGUUGCCGUGUCUGGCCGAGGUCUGGGGCUGGACAGAUCGGACGUUGGUUGAGAAGCAGAAUCUUACCAUGUUGUAUAGUCCGUAUGUUGCAUUGGGCGCAUUCAUGGCCCUGGAUAUGACCUUCCGGCUGCGUGCCCGUCUCACCCAGAAGAGCAAGAGCGAGUAG